AUGGCGUCUGCUGCUCUGAAUGCCGAGCUGACCUGCUCUAUCUGUUUGAAUAUUUAUACAAAUCCCGUAACCCUGCCUUGUGGUCACAACUUCUGCAGCUCCUGUCUUACCAGAUUCUGGGAAGAUGACGACAGGGAAUGUUUCUGCCCUGAGUGCCGACACAAGUUCUGGACGUUGCCUGAACUUAAAAAAAACUUGAGACUGCGUAACAUUGCGGAAAACUUCCUAUCUUCUCAUCAGAAUGGAGAGGACGUUGGUAUACCCUGUACUUACUGUAUUGAUUCUCCUGUACCUGCUGCUAAAACAUGUCUAUGCUGCGAAGCUUCUCUGUGUGAGAACCAUCUGAAAGUCCACAUCAAGUCAGCAGAACAUGUUCUAGUGGAACCCAAUAUUGACUAUGGUCAAAAUAAAUGCUCCAUCCACCAUAAGCCUCUGGAGUAUUAUUGCUCUGAUGAUGCAACCUUAAUUUGUGUGUAUUGCGUGGCUGCAGAUCACAGGAGUCAUCUGGUGAAGUUACGAGAUGAGGCCUCAGAAAAGGAACAACUAAGAUAUUUUCUGAAGAAGCUGACUUCAAAGAAAGAGGAGACUGAGAUAAAAAUCCGGAGUCUGCAUGAAUACAGGAGAGGAAUACAUGAAAAAACACGUGGGGUAGCAAAAGAAGUCACUGCCAUGAUUAUGGACAUAAGGGAACAGCUGGAAGCCCUGGAGAAGCGAGUCCAUACUGAGAUCUCCAGGCAGGAAGAGCAGGUCUCACUCCGAGUCUCAGAUCUAAUCCGGCAGCUGGAAAUAAAGAAGGAGGAUCUGUCCAGGGAGAUGGGUCACAUCGAGGAGCUGUGUAACAUGAUGGACCCAGUAAUUAACAGAGCUGGAUUUUUUGAUACAGAGAAGCACAGUGAGGAGGACAUAUCGAUAGAUAAUAUUGCUCGUGUUGCAGGGGAUCUAGAUUUGAGGCUGAUCUCAGUGACCUUAAAUGAGCGAUUUAGUCAUAUUGUCACUGAUUUAAAAAGGCGGUCCACUCUUUUGGAAGCCACAGAACUUUUUCUGGACGAAGAGACUGUUAGUGUAGAUGUAGAACUAUCAGCAGACAAGAAAACUGCCACUUGGUUAGAAAAAUCACGAAAGCGCCCAAGUCACCCUCGAAGAUUUGUGGAUUAUCCUCAAGUUUUAAGCACCAUGAGUUUUUCGUCUGGACGUUAUUACUGGAGAGUGGAUGCUACUAGAGUAGGGAACUUUAUUAUCGGGGUUUCCUAUGAAAAUAUAGACAGGGAAGGAAGUACAUCAUAUCUUGGACAUAGUCGCAAAUGCUGGGGUUUAUCUAGGUGGGAAAAUCAGUAUUCAGUGAGACAUGACGCUAAAGGAGUCCAGUUGCCGUAUGUUCCUUCUAAUGCGGGUAUUGAAAUGUUCCUGGACUAUGAUGCUGGGAGGAUAUCAUUUUAUGAACUGUGUACCCCAAUUAGACACUUAUACACUUAUGUUACUAGCUUCACUGAACCUCUUUAUGUUAUAUUUAACUUGGGGAGGGAAAGCUGUUUGAGAAUAAAAUCCUAG